CUGCUCCUUUCCUUAUCCAUCAGCUCAACAACAACAACAGCAGCAGCCCAGAUGUCAAACUACAACUCAUACGGCGGCGGAGACAGUUAUGGCGGAUACGGAGGCGGCGGAUAUGGCGGCGGCUCCGACGGCGGCGGGGGAUACAUGAACGGCAACUCGUUUGGUGGUGGCGAGGGCAAUGGGGAGACAAAGUAUUCUUCUCAGGGCGGUGAUCACGGUCUUCCGGAAGGAAAGACGCGGUUGCGGCCAGUUACCAUGAAGCAGAUCCUCGAGGCCAAUCAAGCGCACGCCGACGCGCCCUACCUCAUCGACGGCGUCGAAGUUGUCAACGUCUCCGCGGUUGGAAUCGUGCGAAACGUCACUCAUGCGACUACCAACUCGACGUACCGAAUCGAAGAUAGCACCGGCAUGGUCGACGUGCGCAAGAUCAACACUCCCGAUGAACGCGACGCCGAACGAACAGAUCCAUUCCCCCAAGUAGGCGACUACGUCCGCAUACUCGGCGAACUCAACGACUUCAACGACAAGCGCUACGUGAUCCUCCGCCACAUCCGUCCCGCCCGCGGCCUCGACGAGAUAACCUACUCGAUGCUCGAACCCCUCUACGUGCACAUGCAGACCGUCAACCCCUCCUCCCUCGGUCCCAAGCUCGAGAACGGCGGCUCCGGCAGCGGCGCCGCUGCGGCCGCCGCCGGCGGGAACUCGUACGAGUACGAGAAUCUGACGCCGAUCCAGAGACGCGUGGUCGAGACGUUGAAGAGUAUGGCGGAUCAGGAUAUGAACGAGGGCACGCAUGUGCAGACGAUUGCGAGCCGGACAAAUAUGUCGAAGGACGCUGUGGCCUCUGCGUGUGAGCAGUUGGCGGAUCUGGGUCUUGCUUACACCACUGUCGAUUACGAUCACGUAUGUUUUCUCGUUCUAUCUUAUAGUGGAAAGACAUUGCUAACCUCUUUAUAGUACAAAUUAAUCUAAACCGGGCA